AUGGUAACCACGUCAAGGAGUAAUAACGAUGAUUGGAUCAAACUAACUCAUCCAACUUCUCACCUCAAUCUUGUUCCAAUUUGCACAAUGGCUCUAAUGACUCAUCCUAUAUCAGAAGAGCAAGAGAGCCAACCAAUUCAACCUUUUGUACCUGAGAGAUAUCCAAAUGAAAACACCUUCCUGCUGGCCAACACAAAACCUCACUCCACCCGAGAACCUUGGUUCCUCACAUUGUAUCAUAGUAAACUUGUCUCACUUGUUCCUUCUCUUCUACUUGGCUCCGUAAUUUGGUUUGGUGUGACUCCCACCGAGGAACUCACUCAGACAGCCAUUCGUCUUUUGGCUGUCUUUACAAGCUGUAUAUUUGCCCUUAUAACCACAGGUGUAGACAUAUCCCUUCUGGUCCUUAGUGCCCUCAUAGUCUUGUCGCUUACCCAGUCCUUCCAGUGUAAAGACCGAGCAACUGGCCUGAGUAUCGAAUGUCGACUUUGCGGAGAUGAGAAUACCCAGACAGGUGGAAUUUAUCAGUGCAAAGGGUCAAAGGACUCGUUUGAACAGGCUCUCACAGGGUUCUCAAGCUCCGUUGUCUGGUUGAUCUUUGCUGCCUUUCAUCUAGGAAAGGCUGUCGAGGUUACCCAGCUUGGACAGCGUGUCUCUCUUUUGAUGGUCAAGACAUUCGGUCAGCAUAUUAUUGGACUAGGAUAUGCCAUUGUUCUUUCAGAACUCCUUUUGGCUCCGUUUGUUCCAAGUAAUACAGCACGCGGUGGUGGCAUUGUCCUCCCAGUUGUGAACUCCAUUGCAAAAACACUUGGCUCAUCACCUACCCAGGAUCCCAAGCUGGGAGGAUUCCUGACACUAGUUGGAUCUCAUGCCAACCUUAUUUCGGCCUCAAUGUACCUGACAGGCAUGGCUCCCAAUCCAAUAGUCCUAGCCAAGGCUGCUCAACUAUAUCCAGACAUGGAAUUUAACUUUAUGACCUGGUUAACAGGAAGUUGUGUGCCUGCCCUAUUUUGCGCAAUUUCUCUACCACCGCUGAUCUGGUGGUUCUGUGGGCUAAAUAAGCCAGACAAGACCUUUGAAUCCUCUACUCAUUCUCCACGAAACGGGGUAGUAAGGCAUGCUCGAGAUGAGCUGGCCCGCAUGGGCCCCAUGUCAUCCAAAGAAUGGUGCCUUUGUUGGGUUCUUAUACUUUGCCUGAGUCUGUGGGUAACUGGUGGAUACACAAAUAUUGAUUCCACACUGGUGGCCCUGAUCGGAAUUGCCGUUCUUUUACACACAUCAACCAUAACUUGGAAGGACGUAUCUACAAACACAAAUGCAUGGGAUUCUUUAUUCUGGCUUGGAGGAUUUGUUACUAUCGCUCAACAGCUCUCCGAAGCAGGCGCAUCUGCAUUCAUGGGCCACAAGAUUUCUAUAGCAAUUGUCCAUUUUAAUCUUCCUCCUGUACUUGCCCUUUCCUCGGCCUACUUCUUAACAACAUUUAUGUUUUCUUCUUUGAGUGCACACACUGUUGCAUUCGUUGGUACCUUUUUGGAUGCUGGCCAUGCAUUGGGUGCCUCUCCUAUGGUCUUAACUGCUCUUGUGGCUUACUUUGGAUCUCUAGGAGGUUGCAUGAACACAUUUACAAUUUAUAAUUUCUUGCUGUCAUAUACCAUUCUUCCUUGA